AUGGCAAGCGUUAAGAACGGCGACUAUGACGGCAUCCGCAACCAGGUGACCAAGAUCUUGAAGCGUCCUGGCUACGAUGAUGGCUCCAUCGGACCUGUCCUCGUCAGGCUUGCCUGGCACGCCUCGGGCACCUACGAGAGGAAAGACCGUACCGGCGGCUCGAACGGUGCGGGCAUGCGCUUCGCUCCCGAGUCGAACGAUGGCGCCAACGCCGGUCUUGAGCACGCUCGCGCUUUCCUCGACCCCAUUGCCGAGGCCAACCCUUGGAUCUCGUACGCCGAUCUCUGGACUCUCGCCGGUGUCACCGCCCUCGAGGCCAUGGGCGGCCCCAAGACCCCCUGGAAGCCCGGACGCACCGACUUCAAGUCGGAGCAGGCCGCUGAGGCCUACCACGGCAAGGUCGACGGACGUCUCCCCGACGCCUCGCAAGGUGCCCAGCACAUCCGCGACGUCUUCUACCGCAUGGGCUUUUCGGACCAGGAAAUUGUUGCGCUUUCAGGAGCCCACAACCUUGGCCGCUGCCACGAGGACCGCUCUGGAUUCGACGGCAAGUGGGUCGUGAACCCUACCCGCUUCAGCAACCAGUUCUUCAAGCUCCUCCUUACCCGCAAGUGGGUCCCUCGCAAGUGGGACGGACCCCUUCAGUAUGAGGCCGUCGUGGUCGGUGAGAAGUUGAUGAUGUUGGAAACCGACCUCGCCCUCAUCAAGGACCCCGAGUUCCGCGUCUGGGCUGAGAAGUACGCCGCCGACCAGAAGCUCUUCUUCGAGCACUUUGCCGCCGCCUUUGCCAAGCUCCUCGAGCUCGGUGUCGACCGUGAUGGCUCGGGUGUUGCUCCCCUCGUCAAGGGUGGCUGCCCCUACCACGCUGGCCGUGCUGCCGUCAACCGCAUGGGUGCUGGCGAGGCCCCCGCCAAGCUCUAA